GCUGCUAGCCAGCUAGCCAGCUAGCCAGCAGUGGGAGUGCAAACAUUGCGAGGAGCAGACUUCUUGUAACUUCUUGUAACUUCUUGUAACAUGUCCACUACGCAGCACAGGAGGGGCAGAGGAAGGAUGUGAGGUCCACCUGGUGAAGGAUGUGAGGUCACCAGGUGUAGGACAGGAUGCCAGAGAUGACUGAAAGUGACUCAAGUGGACGCAAACCAAAGAAGAAGAAGAACAAAGAGUCCCACAAUGCAGUUGAGAGACACAGAAAGGAGAAGAUAAAUGCUGGAAUUAACCGCAUUGGUAACCUUCUGCCCUGUUCGCAAGCACUCCGACAGAGUAAGAACAUGAUCCUGGACCAGGCCUUUCGCUACAUCACCGAGCUGAAGAAACAGAAUGAUGCCAUGCUGCUGGAGGGCGGCGACAAAGUCCAAGCGGAGGAGAUCCGCCGACUGCGGCGUCAACUGGAUGAGCUUCGCAAGGAGAGCGCUCACUACAUCGAGCUCCUCAAAGCCCAUGACAUCAACCUUCUGGAGGACCUUACCCUUCACUGGAAGGGUAAGCAGAGCUGUGCCAAGGUGGCCAAAGUGACGCCCACCUAUCAGCCCCCAAAGGGAAUAAUGGUCUCCUCUGACGGCAAGGAGGCGAGUCCUGGCAAACAGCAGUCCGACUCGUUAAUUCUUCAGGCCCCUACUGAGGUCGGCACAAAAUUAAGGGUAAAUGAAACCUUGCUGCACAUUGAGGCUUCUUCCACCGCUUCCACAGUCCCACACAGCCAGUCCACAACAGGCCUCGCUGUGGUGGAGCAGAUCCCAGUCGUCCCCUCUUUGCCACCGUCUGUGUCCUACAUCACCCUUCAGCUCCCCCAACACACCAACAUGGCUACUUCAGCAUGCCCACACCUCACUCAAAGCCCACCUGUUUCCAGCUUCACAACACUGGUUCCGACCAUCACCACGGCAACCGCCAUGCAGGACACGACCACCAGAACCGUAGCUUAUACCGCCAUCCGUAACAGCCAAGCUCUCCUCAGGGCGGGGGCGGCCAGUAGCACGCAAACCACGUGGACGACACUGCAGAUGGCGGGCAACACGGUGCAGCCUGUCUGUCAGAGUCUUGGCAGCACUACCCAGUCUGUCCACCAAGUGACAGUGUGUCGUCCUCCUUCUGGUCAACCCAUUCAAAUACACAUGCAAACUCCUGUGCAGCAAGCCCCCAUCAGCGCCCACAGUCAAGCAAGAACGCCCCAGCUUCGACCUUCAAUUCAGACGCUCCUCGCCCCCGAACCUCAGACACUCCUCGCCCCACAACCCCAGUGCGCCGUGCUACCACAAUCUGCCAUUAUACCUCAGCCAGCUAUGGUAGCUCACCCCGCUAUCGUCUCCCAGCCCCAAUCUGCUGUUCUUCAGCCAGCCUCAUUAGUUCCACACCCUCCUGCUGCCCUCCUCCCUCAAACUCAGCCUGCGAUGCCCCAGCAGCAGGCCACCGUGCUUCCCCUCCUGCAGACCAUGCAGGUGUUACAGGUCAACCCUAACGUCGCGGCGGUCUCUGCACCGCAGAACACACACAAUGCCAGUGUGGUCAUCUUACAGCAGGCCAGUUCCUGCCCAAGCCAGCCGGUCUUAAGAGAAGACAAGCCAACGCCAUGUCAGCACAUUGUUAUCAUCCAGGCCCCCAAUCAAGCUGCACCCGCCCCUCAGAAUUCUCAGGUGGGCCUGGUGCCUGCUUCCUUACCUGCAGUGUCAACUCAAACACCCACACCGAGCAGCUCGGCAUCAACCGUGCAGAGUGUAAGCGGCAAGCAGCUGGUGCACAUCCUCCCACGCCCGGCUCAGCCUCCUGUGAGCCAAGCGCUCACCGGUCCAGGGGUCCAAGCAACCCCACAGACCAUCACUGUGAAUGGGCAGGUGUUCGCUCUGCAGCCCAUGACAACGUCAGACAAAAGCGCCUCGCAGGGCGUCCAGAGUACAAUCCAACUGGUCCAGCCCACCACCACAGAGGAGCCGACGACUAAUAUUGCGCUUAAGAGUUUGGGGGCCCUCAGCAGUCUGAACCAGAGCAUCUCUCAGGGCCUUCCACUUAGUAUCACUAGCCAGAGCAGCAGCGUCCCGCCUUCACCUGCUGCAUCAACAGUGGUCCUGCAGCGGCCUGCUCCUUUGACAGUUCCUGCAAAAACCAUCAAACAAGGUCUAGUGCUUAGUGCUCCUAAACCUGUAGGAAAGAGGCUCAGGACUUCUCUUUAUGCUCAGCGGUCUGCAGGUAAAAAGACCAAAGAAUCAAAUAAGAGUGAGCCCAGCCGGGCUUGCUUAGACAUUUCUUCCAUGGUCACCACCACCAUCAGUGACGCUGUAGAAAAUGCUACCGCCACAUUAACACUUUCAUCCAGUAAUUCUCAGCCGCAAAGUCUAGGCUCUGUCAGCUCCACUCAGAGUGAUCUUAUUCUCAGGCAAACCAAAACCAGUGUGACGCAAGCAGUUGUCAGCGCAACAUUAAUCAAGCCUUCAGAGAGUGAUAAAACAUCUUCCAGCAGUAGCUCAGUGGGAAGCAAACUUGUCGACUCAGGAGUAAAACAGUCGCCCACUAGGUCAGUGACUAACACUACACAAAGCAAGACAGCGCCACCUUCUGCUAAACAAAGCAGAUGUGUUGUUACCACCGCUUGUCCUAUUGCAGUCUGCGGCACAGUUUCAACAUCCAUAGCUCCCAGCACGCCAACCAGCUCAGCUUCUUGUCCCCAGCGAACCACAACAACGCCUCUGCCUUGUAAGAAGCCAGUUCCCUCCUCCACAGCAUCCACAAGCGCCACCCUGUCUUCAUCUGCAAGCUCCGGUAAUACCCCAACAAUUUGUCCAGAGUUGAGAAAAGGAUUCACGGCCACAAGAGAGCAUCAGUCGGAAGUCCAAGUGCCCGACUCUCCAGAAAAACCCAGACAGCUCCAGGAAGAACAAGCAAUCACACAAGCAGAGACCCUAUCUGACGCGACAUCUAAAAAAUAUUUUGCGCUCCCUCAUGGAUUGUACACUAAUCUGAGCGACCAAGCAAUGGAGCACCCCACACAGACAGACUCCCCCAUGUCGUCAGUGGCAGAGGGAGUUCGAGGCUUCUCUGUGGCCUCCAUGCUCCCUCAGGGUCACAGUAUAAGUGCCUCUUCCGCUACCUUCGGCACCUUCACAUUCACUUCAGAGCAGGCUGAGAUGUUAGCCCUGGCCAUGUUGGAGCAGGAUAGUCCUGGGAGGAGGACUGGAAGCUGCACCGGGAGCGAUGCAACACCAACUAGCAACACCGCACCAAGCGACACCACCGCACCAAGCGACACCACGGCACCAAGCGACACCACCGCACAAACCAACGACAGCGCACAAUCCAACGACGCCGCACCAUCCCACAACGCCGCACCAUCCCACGACUCCGCACCAUCCCACAACUCCGUACCAUCCCAAAACUCCGCCCCAUCCAACAACAACGCACCAUCACACAACACCGCACCAACCAACAACAACGCACCAUCACACAGCACCGCACCAUCACACAACACUGCACCAACCAAUAACACUGCAGCGGCUUGGGAGCCUCCAAAAGUGUCUGUUAAUAAAGACAAGACUGUGCAGCAGACUAAAGUUAGCAAACCUUUGGACACAGUAAAAGUUCCAGUUCAAGUGUCAACCAGAGGACAAGUUGGAGAUGUCUCCGUCAGUGGGAGCAGUGCAAGCAGACAUCCUCAGAACUUGCCUCAUCACAUCUCGUACUCACAGCCUCAGUCUGUCCCUCAGGUCCAGACUCAGAGUGGCCCAGUGGCAAGCCUGAGUGUCAACAACCUGAUCAGACCCAGCUCCUCGCAGCAUCCCUACCCUGCUGCUCCAAGUCUGGCAGUCCAGCAGGCCUCAGGACCCACAUCCGCCACCGCCGCCUUCGUCCACGUGUCUCGAGGCUCCAACAACUCGCACAACAGCAAUUCUGGUGCGUCCCAGCUCAGCGAAUACGCCCCCAUGAAAACGGCUCUAAUGAGGGCUCAGGCCGAGCGCCAGGUCAAGAUCAUCUCAAAGCGGCAGGCCCAGGAGGAGGCCAUGCUCAACACGGGAAAGCGAGCCAAACCUUGUCCGGCACCGCCACCUGCUGUAGGCCAAAGGGACGUGAAGGCAGCGGAACACAGCCAGAUGAUGGUGGGACAGCUUCCCCCCUCAUCUUCAGCCAUGGCGAGGAUUCAUCCUGAAGGCUCGCUCUUCUCGCCAAACUCCUUUAUGAGUCCCCCUGAGCACAACCAGCCUGGAGUGCUCCAUCUGCCCCAAAGUCAUCCACAGCAUCCACCAGCCCAGCCUGGACAGCAUCUGGGAGGUAAUAUCUACAUGAAGCAGCAGCAAGAGCAACACAGGCACCAUCUUUAUCACCUCCAACACCACCUGACUCAGCCCGAUCCCGCACAGCGACACUCGCUCCACCAGAGGGCGCUGCAGGAACAGCAGCAGCAGCAGCAGAAGAAGCGGGGGCUGGGCUCACCCGCUGGCAUGCAGCAGAAGCAGCAUCACUCACAACAGCAACAGGCUGCACAUCAGCAUGCUCAACAACAACAACAACAACAACAACAACAACAUCAACACCAAGCGUCUCAUCCUCAGCAGCAUCAAGCACACCAAGCACAGCACCAACAACAUCAUCAACAACUGCAGCAGAACUCUCAUUCCAGACACCAGCAGCAUCUUCAGCAGAUUCAACAUUUUAGACAUCAGGAGAAAAUCUGCGACGCUCAGGCUCCUGGAACCAGAACCCUCCACGGCAACCAUUUGGCCCAGCAAGACCACCUCAAGCCGGCUCAGGAUCACGGCGCCAUGCAGCGGAUGAUGAGUUCUCGGACUGUGGAGCAGCAGCAGCUCAUCUCGUCUCCUAGCAACCCCGUCUCCCGUCCAUCCGAGCUGUCCUGCGUUCCAUCCCGCCAGGAGCGCCACCGCGUGUCCAGCUACUCCGCCGAGGCACUCAUCGGGAAAAGCCCGACAAGCGGCGACCAGCAGCAGCGUUUGGCGCUGCACCUGCAGUCGGGCCGUGCUGCCGCCCAGGACCAGCCUGACCUGCGAGCGUACAUGAACACAACCACGCGGGCGAAAGCCAACAUGGCACACAACCCCCAGAACCGCCUCUCGUCGGAGCAGCACCCAGCUGACAUACAGAGGGUCUCAGAGUGCCCCCCCUUCAAGGCCAUGGCGGCAGGAGGACACCAAUUGACCGGAUUCGAGGCGCAGGUUUCACGCAGCGGCGACAUGGCCCCUAAGCCGGGACUCCCGUCCCAGCGGGGACCUCCGGGCCAGCAACAAGGGACCUUCAGGAUGGGUGUCGGUCCCCCGGCAGACAGUAGAAACCGCUAUGCUGGCAUCCAACUUGGCUCUCAGGGGUCACAAGGGGAAGCGUGUCACCAGACCUUCAUGCAGAGCCUCCUUUCCCCCCACAUGCUGGAGCACAGCAACCACCAGAGGGUGGCGCAGUGCUGUCCCCCGGUCAGCAUGGAGUACGCCUGUGGCCCCCCAUCAGCAGACAUCCAGACCGCCAAGAGCUCCAGUCCCAAUGUGCCCCCCAGCCAGAAGGCCUCGGCCAUGAGUAACAAAGGUCAUAUCUCUCAGGUGAACGGCAACAUGCACGGGGGUGUCCGAGUGGGUGUGGCCCACCCUCCCACGCCUCACAGCAGCUCUGAACCCGGUCGCCCUACCGCUGUCUCGAGGCCGCCCCCGGUCGUAAGCCAGCAUUCACGCCACAUCGCCCGGGACACUCAGAGCACCAAACUGAGACCGGGCGAACGGCCCAGAUCUGGAUCUUUACGACCCGCUAACCCCUUUGAGGCCGAGCCCCACCUGCCGGGGGGGAUGUUGCUGGGCCGGCCUCAGCCCCCAUCAGGGGGCGAGGCUAGGCGUAGCGCCAUUGUUCGCUUUAUGGCGGACGGCGCUCAGCCGCCUGGCGACAACGCCCUUGUGCCUGAACAACACCUGACGCAGAACUUCGGCUUCCCUUUUAUCCCCGAGGGUGGCAUAAACCCUCCACCCCCCAUUAACGGCAACUCCACCUUCAUCCCCCCCGUCAGCCAACCCAGCACCUCCCGUACGCCCUCCUUGCUGCCCGUGGAGUCCCCCCAGAACACCUUAGCCUCCUUCUACCCGUCCUACUCGCCUGCUGCCCACCCCAGCUUGCCGGGCGACGUCACCCUGCAGUACUUCUCCAACCAAAUGUUCACCAGCCCCACUGCUGACAAGGCCAGCGCCCCCCCGCCGCCACCCCCUUUGAACAACCGCUUCGGCUCCAUCCUGUCACCGCCGCGCCCGGUAGGCUUCGCUCAGGCCAGCUUCCCCCUGCUGCCCGACAUGCCUCCCAUGCCCAUCACCAACACUGCAGGCAUCACGCCUCACAUCUCCAACUUCAGCCUCACCUCUCUCUUCCCGGAGAUUGCCGCGGGAAUGCCCACGGACGGUUCGGCCAUGCCCAUGUCGCCCCUGCUGUCCCUCGCCAACGCGUCCUCCGCCGACGCCAGCAAGCAACCCAACAGGCCCGCCCACAACAUCAGCCACAUCCUGGGACACGACGGCAGUUCGGCGGUCUGAAGGGGGACAAACCUUUUUAACUUAUAUGGCUUUUGUAAAUACUCACCUUUCAUAUCAGAGUUUAGAUUGUCUAUUUGUAAAUACCAAAUGAUGAAUAAAGUUUAUAAGAGAUGCAGUA